UUGAACAAAUUCCUCCCAACCUCUCCCUCAGUCUCAGUUUCCUCAUCUGCCUCAUGAGAUUGACCCGAAUGGCAGCCCAGUUCCCUUUCAACUCUAGCUUGGACUCCUAAAAUUUUGACUCUGAUCUUGGAGAUUCACUGGAAGUCGGCUCCAGAAAGGACUGGCAGACCAGGUGGAGAAGCCAUCUUUGGGACCUCCUAGAUCCUCCGCAGCCAGGAGCAGAGAGAGAGGAAGGACCAUCCCCGGCCGCCCCUCUGAGCAUCCCCGAGAGAGGAAGGACCAUCCCCGGCCGCCCCUCUGAGCAUCCCCGAGAGAGGAAGGACCAUCCCCGAGAGAGGAAGGACCAUCCCCGGCCGCCCCUCUGAGCAUCCCCGAGAGGGACUGUCUCCUUUCUGUCUUCUGUCCCGAGCCCUGAGCCUAGAGCCUGGCAACACAGGAGGAUGGUGAAUGGAGCUCAAGGGCAAGACCCUGAGCCCAGGGUACAAGCGAUGCAGGUGACUCUCAAGCCUUCCUUGUUGUCCUCGACCCAUUCUCUGAAACGAGAUCAGGAUCACCAAAUCAAGUAUUAUAUCACCAAGAGGAAUUUCUUGAGCCUGAGGCUCUUGGCCGUGGCCCUCUCCACCCUGGGCUGGGUCAUCAUGCUGGUGGCCUGCAUGUGCCCCAAGUGGGUCAUCUUGGGGCCUUCCAAGAGGGAUCUGUGGAAGAACAAAUCCUUGAUUUUUGGUCUCUGGGACAACUGUGUUCACUGCUGGAGGCCCAAUCAAUUGUCAAUACACCUCCUGGUCUCUCGAGGGAGCAUGUUUCUGAACCUCGUCUUCACGUCUCUCCUCAUUCUCUCCAUGCUGUGCUCCUUUCACCGAAUAUUCAGCCGGAUUUCCAAGCUGGAUGUCAUCUUCUGCAUCAUGAAUUACAUCUCAGGACUGGCCCUGUUCCUGUGCGUCUUGUUCUUCGGGCUGCAGCUGUUGGACAUCUUCACCCAGGAAAGGCGCACCUUCAAUAUUAAGUGGCCCCCCUUCGUCUCCAUCUUCGGGGUCCUGAGCUUCCUUCUGGCUGGUGAGGGUCAGAUCCGAGGGACGCAGGGCCAGGCUUUGGCCCUCCAAGGGACCAUCUGCCUCAAUAGUCGGAAAAAUUCCUGGGAAGUUUCAUUCUUUCUCCCUGGCAGUCAGCCCAUCAAAAUAAAGACGCUGGUAAAGUCCGGGAAACUAGUUGAAACAUCCUUCUAUAGCAUUCUCUCACAACUUACCUUCUCUUCCGGAGCCUUCCCUGAAACGUCAGGCAUCUCCGCCAUACUCAUUCCUGGCUUGCCAGGGAAAUCGCACCCUCCUCCGGAGACAGCCCAGUAGCUGGCCCCGAGCCUUCCCUUCUUCUCCCACUCCCAUCCCGACCCCCCACCCCCACAGGCUGCCCCCUCUUUAAGCAGGGAGUUGUUCGGGCCUUGGUCACUGGGUGCCCUCCCUGCUCGGGGUCUCCCAUCUCCUUGUCCAGCCUCAUUCACCCUCCCUUUUGUUAGAAUUCUUUCCAACUUGGUAGGUUGUAAGUUCCUGGAGGGUAAGGACCAGGGCCCAUCUCUCUGUUUCCAGUCACCGAGCAUCCAACCUUGUAUACAGUAAGCACUUAAUAAAUGUUUGAGGAAUGGAUGAAUGAACCAUG